UUAAAAGCACCUCCUCUUCUCGUCUGGUGCAGCUUCCAAAACGAGGAAACUGAAGCGCUCUCCCUGUUUCUGUUUCUAAUGGCAAAUAAUGAGGAUGGAGAAGUCGGGUUGGAGGAAGGAAUUCCAUGGCUACCUUCUCAUGUUCUACAUGAAGCAAUAUGGGAAACCAAGGAAUACCAACACAACCCUCAGGCUCAGCAACAUCGCUAUCUUCCAAAAUUGCUUCCGCAACCGCAACAACUACGCUCAAAAUCUAGCCCAAGACCUCAUUUUAGAACAAAAUACCCUAUUAAUGGGGCAUCAGGAGUACACGGAAUGCAAGCUAUUUUUCUAGAUUCCGGUCAAAAAUCAUGUGGAACAGGAGUUUUUCUUCCAAGAAGGGCAGGCACAAACCUGCAAUCCAGCAAGAAGCCAGCUUUCUACCCUGUUCUUCUACCUGCACGCGUUGUUCAAGCUCUGAAUCUAAAUGCCCAUGAAAUUGGCCUGCAGAUAUCACGCCGGCAAGAUGCCAAGAAUAACUCAAAAGGUGGAGACUGCAAUUCAAUCAAAAAUAAAAAUGGCAGGGGAGCAACAGCACAAUAUUGUGUGGUGUCACAGAAUGAAAAUUAUUCACCAGAGAUAUUGCUUCCCAAAGAAUGGACUUACUAGCACCAAAAAUGAAUGCUAGACUGAAAAUCCAUAAAAGCAAAAGUUCAUGUCAACUAAACCCCAAUUAAUUGCAUUGUAAUUUAAAUAAUGACAGUACAAAUGUCUCUUCAUUGUUCAAUUUGUUUGUAUUAUGUACACAACAUGUUUGUACAUAUUGGACUUCAUGUUAUGGUUAACUCUUUUCGCCCCUC